AUGUUUACACGUAUUGUUAAAAUUGUGUUAUAUAUUACUGUUAUUUUAAAUAUAAUAACGAUUUGCAAUGGAGCUGUUCAGUACCUAAAACCCAGCGAAAAAUGGCCUACUAUUGUUAUUACAAGUCUUGUUCGCAACAAAGAAAAUGCUUUGCCCUAUUUCUUAUCAAGUUUACAAGAAAUUGAUUAUCCUAAAGAUAGAAUUAUAAUAUGGUUCUAUAGUGACUAUAAUUCGGAUAACAGUGAUAAUAUCCUCAAGGACUGGAUAAGUGCUCAUUCUUCUGAAUAUCAUGAAAUACAUGUUUCUACUAAUACAACCACAGCUUUAUUACUUCCUGAUCAAGAAACAAUAACUCAUUGGAGUGCAUUGAGAUAUCAACAUGUAAUACAAUUGAGAGAAAAAGCUCUUAAUUUUGCUAGGAAUUUGUGGGCUGACUUUUUAUUUAUGCUGGAUGCAGAUGUUCUAUUGACGGAACCAUUAACAUUAAAAUUUCUUGUAAACAAAGAUUUAGCUAUCACAGCUCCUAUGCUUAUAUCAGAUGGAGCUUACUCAAAUUUUUGGUGUGGUAUGGAUGAAUUCCAUUAUUAUAAAAGAACCGAUAAAUACAGGCCAAUUUUGAAACGUAAGGAAAUUGGAUGUUUCAAAGUUCCUAUGGUUCACUCAGCUGUUUUAAUUAAUUUGAAAUUCAAAGAUUCUGACUUGCUGACUUAUAUGCCAGAAAAAAUAAAAGGUUAUGAUGGCCCAGAAGAUGAUAUAAUUGCAUUUGCUGUUGGAGCAAGUAAAAAUGGGAUCCUAAUGCAUAUAUGUAACGAUCAUAUCUAUGGCUUUGUGCCAGUUCCGUUGGAGAAAGAUAAUGAUGAAGACGAUAAGGAUGAAAUGUUAAAUGUCAAAAUGGAAGCUCUUGGUAAUGAAAUACAUUUGCCACUUGAUAAAAGUCUAGCAAAAUAUGUGCACUAUCCAGAAACAACUAAAUUGAACUGUACAGAGAUCUUCAUGAUAAAUCUAGAAAGAAGGAAAAAAAGACGAGACCUCAUGAAUGCUAGUUUUGUAGAACUUGGUAUAGUUAGCACAUGGUUCAAGGCCAUUGAUGGGAAGAGCUUAACCAAAGAAGACAUAAUCCAGAAGUAUAAUAUAAAGCUUUUACCUAACUAUGAAGAUCCAUACCACAAAAGGCCAAUGAAAGCGGGAGAAAUAGGCUGCUUUUUAAGUCAUUACUUUAUUUGGAAAAGGAUUGUUGAGAAUCACUACGAUACAACACUUAUACUAGAAGACGAUAUACAUUUUGUGCCAUAUUUUAAAGAAAAAUUUGUUAGUCUGUUACAAGAAAUAAGACACAUUGAUUGGGAUCUUUUGUACAUAGGGCGCAAGAUACUUCUUGAUAAUGAAGAACCCUACAUAACAGAACAUACAGUAAAACCCCAGUAUUCGUAUUGGACACUGGGUUAUGUAUUGCGGGAAAGUGGGGCAAAGAAAUUACUGGCAGCAGAUCCAUUAUCCAAAUUAUUGCCGGUUGAUGAAUAUUUGCCAAUCAUGUUUGACCAACAUCCUACGACUCGAUGGGUAGAGCAUUUCCCGGUACGUGAUCUAAAAGCACUAUCUGCGGCACCACUACUGGUACAUCCAACACGCUAUACUGGAGAAGAUGGCUAUAUAAGUGACACGGAAGACUCCAACAUAGUGGACCCUAAGGCUGAAAGGACAGACCUGUAA